AAUGGUGGCGUCUUAAUGCAACAAAAACUACUUGAAGAUAGUGAGAGAGUAAAAAUAUUUACACAGGAAGAACUUGAACAAGCAACAGAUAACUACAACGAAAGUAGAUUUCUUGGUCAAGGAGGGUAUGGCACAGUUUACAAAGGAAUGCUCCAUGAUAACACUGUUGUUGCAAUCAAAAGGUCAAAGCAAAUUGACACAAACUGGAUCGAACAGUUCAUUAAUGAAGUUAUUAUCCUAUCUCAAAUUAAUCACAGAAAUAUCGUUAGGCUUCUUGGUUGCUGUUUAGAAACCGAGUAUCCUUUAUUAGUUUAUGAAUUUGUUUCUAAUGGGACGCUUUCACACCAUAUUCACAAGGAAAAUCUUGAAGAAUCACCUUCUCUUUCGUGGGAAACUCGUCUCAAAAUCGCUUAUGAAGUUGCGGGAGCUAUAUCUUACAUGCAUUCUGCAGCUUCAAUUCCUAUCUAUCAUAGAGAUAUCAAAUCCUUAAACAUACUUUUGGAUGAUAACUACAGUGUAAAAGUUUCUGAUUUUGGAACAUCAAGAUUUGUGUCAUGUGAUCAAUCACAUUUGACUACAAAAGUAUUGGGAACUUUUGGAUAUAUAGAUCCAGAAUAUUUCAGAUCAAGUCAAUACACUGAAAAGAGUGACGUAUAUAGUUUUGGAGUCUUGAUGGUGGAACUUUUAACUGGGAAGAUACCUGUUACUUUUGCAAGAGAUGAUGGUAGAAAUUUGUUAGACUAUUUCAUUUCACUGGAAAAGGCUAAUCAGCUUGUUGAAAUUUUAGAUAUUAUAGUAGCCGCACAAGAAAGUAUGGACGUUGUUAACAGUGUUGCUACACUUGCCACAAAAUGUUUAAGAUCAAAUGGGAAAGAAAGGCCAACAAUGAAACAAGUAUAUUUGGAACUAGAAGGAUUAAGAAAGUCUCAAGAUUGUCAAGAAACAAGUGAAGAAGUUCAAUCAAUUGGAACUUCUUCAUCAUUCUCUCUAGAGGUUGGAGAUGAAGACCUUACGGAUGAAGAGAGAUGAAGACCUUACGGAUGAUAGCACCAUCAUAUCCAUUGAAACUAUGACGCCGAUGGCUAUAUAGCCAUUGAGUUUUAUG